CGCCGGGCGGGCCAAGGGCUCUCGGUCCCUGUCUUAAGCGACAACUUUUUGAGCAAACCACAAGGCGGAGGGAGAGUGCCCGGGGGAGGGGUUUGUCCCGGGGACAGAGAGGAGGAAGUAAGGCACGGGAGGGCGGGGGCGCGCUACGCUGGAGGCUGGGAGCGGACGAAGGUGGUGGUGAGGGGGCGGUUGUGGCAUUGUGUUUUGCUACUCCGCGUCCCCCUUCCGGACUCUAUAUCCGGGAAGAAGAGGACCUAGUGCAACCCGCCCCAGCAGCCUGAGCCCGGAACUGCUGUCCGCCCGCAGCUCCCGGCCGCGCCAGGAAGGGGCAGCGCGCUGCAACAACUUACAGUUCUCCCGCCUGCCCCCGGCCGUUUCCAUCGCCUGCAAUGAGGAUCCGCCUGGCCAGAAGAUGGACUUGGCUUAGCAGAAGCUGCCUGUUGCUUGGGCUCUUGAUGGCUGCCUACUUCCUAGUGGAGCUGUCUGUUUCUACCUUCAGUGCCUCCUCCAGCGGAGACGGCAUCACCAAUGGGAGAUGGGAGAGGCACUUUUCUGACAGACCAGAAAGAGCAGAGGAUCUGGCUCGUCCAGUUUAUGAGAAAGCCCCUCCUGAUUCUUAUGCACUAGGAGAAUGGGGUAAGGCGGCUCGACUACAGUUGACUCCUGAGGAAAAGAAACUGGAAGAAGAACUGAUUGAAAAAUAUGCAAUUAAUAUUUAUUUGAGUGACAAAAUAUCUCUACAUCGGCAUAUACAGGACAAUCGUAUGUAUGAAUGUAAAGCCAAAUCUUAUAACCAUAGAAAACUUCCAACUACAUCUGUUAUAAUUGCUUUCUAUAAUGAAGCUUGGUCAACUUUAUUGAGGACAAUCCACAGCGUUCUUGAAACAUCUCCUGCAGUACUUCUAAAAGAAAUUAUAUUAGUAGAUGACUUGAGUGAUAAAAUAUAUCUGAAGGCUGAACUUGAAAAGUACAUUAGUAACCUGAAAAGAGUUCGUCUGAUAAGAACCAGCAAACGAGAAGGACUCGUUCGUGCACGCUUAAUUGGAGCUACUUUUGCUACUGGUGAUGUUCUCACAUUUCUAGACUGUCAUUGUGAGUGUAACUCUGGUUGGCUGGAACCACUUUUAGAGAGGAUCGCUGAGAAUGAGACUGUGAUAAUUUGUCCUGUUAUUGAUACCAUUGAUUGGAAUACAUUUGAAUUCUAUAUGCAGACAGGGGAGCCCAUGAUUGGGGGAUUUGAUUGGCGAUUGACAUUUCAGUGGCAUUCUGUGCCUGAACAUGAACGUCAAAGAUGGAAAUCCAAAACUGACCCAAUAAGAUCCCCAACUAUGGCUGGAGGUCUGUUUGCAGUUAGUAAGAAGUAUUUUGAGUAUCUUGGUACAUAUGACACAGGGAUGGAUGUCUGGGGUGGGGAGAACUUAGAACUGUCCUUUAGGGUGUGGCAGUGUGGUGGCACGUUAGAGAUCCAUCCUUGUUCCCAUGUAGGCCAUGUGUUUCCAAAGCGGGCUCCAUAUGCGAGGCCAAAUUUCCUUCAGAACACUGCACGUGCUGCUGAAGUGUGGAUGGAUGAGUAUAAAGAACAUUUUUACAACAGAAAUCCUCCAGCAAGAAAAGAAAAUUAUGGUGAUAUUUCUGAAAGAAAACUGCUGAGAGAGCGUUUGAAAUGUAAGAAUUUUGACUGGUAUUUGAAAAAUAUAUUUUCCAACUUACAUGUACCAGAGGAUCGUCCAGGCUGGCAUGGAGCAAUCCACAGUAUGGGAAUAUCAUCAGAAUGCCUGGACUACAAUUCACCUGAACAUAAUCCUACUGGAACUCAUGUGUCUCUCUUUGGAUGUCAUGGUCAAGGAGGCAAUCAGUUCUUUGAAUACACAUCAAGUAAAGAAAUUAGGUUUAACUCUGUGACUGAACUAUGUGCUGAAGUCCCUGAACAAAAGGAUUUCAUUGGCAUGAGGAAUUGCCCAAAAGAUAGAUCCCCUAUUCCAGAAAGUAUCAUCUGGCAUUUUAAACAGGAUGGGACUAUUUAUCAUCCUCAGUCAGGAAAGUGCAUUAGUACUUAUCGUACUCCUGAGGGACGGCCUGAUGUACAAAUGAGGACUUGUAAUGCUGCAGAUAAAAAUCAAAUUUGGAAGUUUGAGAAAUAAAAUGGCCACUGAAGUUAACUAUUAUUUGAAGAACUUCAGAGUAACUGAACUAGAGGUUGGCUGUACUUUGAUACAUGGAUGUCACCUUAGAAUCUAUAUCUCCAAUGCUGAAGUGUACGAAAAAGGGUUGGCAAAUAUUGUCAACUCAUAUUUAAAAGUGCCUUUUUAUGUACCAAUUUAACACUAUUGUAAAUUUUUGAUUAAUUAUUGCUCAGACUUCAAUUUAUAUUUUAGUUUUAGGAAGAACAUGUUUUAGACCUGAAGAGUCAAGUAAAAGAAAAUAUGUAAUACUUCAGUAUUAAGAUUAAGAAUUUUAAAAAUCUUCAGAAGUUGAGAUUCUCCUGUCAAUAUUUACUUAGAUAUAUUGCAGAUACGUAUUACAAUAUAACUUCACAGAACAAGUAAUACAGUAGUACAUGAGUAAGUUAACAUUGGCAUGGGAUGCAGAAACAUAAUCCUUAGUAUGUUGUAUAAUCGUUCAGGAAUUGGCAGAUCCUCAGUGAAAUAAACACAAGUGUUUUGAGGAGGUCAUAUUAUUUUGAAAAGAAAAAAAGUUUCAUUUUUUUUCAACUACUUGAAAGACCGGAAACACUAAGACUGCCAUCACUUCAUUCCCUACUUCAUAUCCACCUUUCCACGUGAACACUUCAGUCUUAUCUUAGUUCCUGAAAGCAACUUGGGGGAUGUUGAAGAACCCUAAUAGUAGAGGUAGUAGUACUAGAAAGAUGGACUAGCAGUAUGAAAAUGUUGUCCAGAUUCAGGUUGGGGCAGAGAGGGAAUGGUUGGGGUGGGAGACUAAAGAGUGAGGGAGAAGGGAGAAACUAAUGGAUAAGAAACUAAUGUAUUUAUCUUGAGAGAGAGAGAAAAGGAUGGGUAUCAUGUUGACAAUCUGUCUCUCACCUUUAAAUUUUCAGAACUAGUGUGCACAUCCUGAGUUCUCUAAGCAUUAAGUAAUACUGGAUUUCUGGACAUUUGUUUAUAUUCUUAACACUGCUGUUAUGUUUACAUAGUCUUUUGUGGUGUUCCUUGAUUUUUUUUUUAAAAAAAAUAUAUGUAGUAUUUGGGCUUGUGUGGGUCUUUUAAUAAUGACAUUAAGGCAGUUCUUAACCUACCAAUGUGGAUGGCAUAUGCAACUCUUUGUGUUGGGUACAGUACAUUCACAUGUAUGUACAUGGUCUUUUUGGCACUGAGGAUGUCAGAUAGGCUGCAGCUACAUGCUGAUUGGUCUACAAGAGACCAGUAGGCUGCAGGUUGAGAACCACUGCACUAAGGUGUUAGUUUAAAUGUGUGAUCAUAGAUAGGAUGUUCAAAUAUUCUUAGGUGUGUGAUCAUUGGAGUGCAUAUUAUAGAAAAAACAUAAUGCUAGUACUAAGUGUGUUGAGGCCUCAAUAUGAUUCUUCAAAGAAUUGGCUGAAGCUUUGAGAAAUCCAGGGAUUUUGGUGGUGGUAGUGUUGUUCUAUGUUCAUCUUGUGCUAUCAGUAGCCACCAGAUACCAAAUCUUGAUUUUGGACUGACAGCUUUUGUCUUCAGGUAGUGAGCCACAGUGACAGGGAGUGAGCAAUAAAAAUCUGGGGAAGAUCUAGUGGAAUAUAGUAGGUGGUGUUGGUUCAUCACAGCCAGGUUUAGACAGAAGGAAAAAGAGAAGGCUGUUGGGAAGGAGAAAAUGGGGUAGUAAAAGUCCUAGGGACUUUCUAGAACAAAUGAUGCAAGAAGGAAAAGGGUAUGUGUUCAGUAAUUUCUAAGGACUCGUGAAGGAUUGGCAGGAGGAAGGGAAAGACGUGGCCAGCUAGUUAGGACAAGAAUCUCUGGGACUGGGCUGGAAGAGGGACUAGAUGGGGAAGAUUCUGUGUUAGGAGUAUAGUGCAGGGCCAUACUACAAAUCAUUGUCACGAUGUGGCACUGGUCUCUGUAAGUCUCUGUAACUUAUUUUUAAAAUGACUAAUUUGAAAUUUGUUUUGUAUAAAUUUAUACAUAAUAAGGGAAUUGACAUACUAUACUGAUCAGCAAGGCACUCCUUAGUAUAUUCACUAAGCCCUAUGUUCCAAGGAAUUACCUCUGCAUUCUGAGUCAGGAUGCUUUGGCAAUGCUUUGAGAGAGUACAGCCCAUGGCAUGCUGAAAGACAAGUUUUAUAUGGUCACGUGCAUUUGUGAAAGCCUUACAAUAAAACAAUUGCUUCAGCAUGUGCACUUCCAAAAGGAUUCAUGCUUGCAUAGGCAUUCACUUUGUAUGCCAAGCAUACUUAUUCUAAUGAGGGAAAUGAAGUACUGUGCCUCCAGACUAUGCAAUUUUUAUUUAAUUCUGACAUGUAUUAUUAACAUGUAUUAUUAACUAACAUGUUUUAAAACUUAGCAAAUAUUGUGUUCCCCUUGAAAAGCUAUUUUAUAAAUGGGGAGUUUAUCAGAGCAGAAAAUAAGAAUGAACAAAUUUAUUAAAUAUUAUACCUUUAUUUUUUUAAAUGCACGUACAAAUGACAACUCAAGGGAAUUUUUUACCCCAUAUUUCAGAUUUUUUUUUUUAAACAAAAAAUAAGACCAAGAAUGUAACAC